AUGAGUAUUUAUAUAAGAGAAGAUUUAACACGUAAUGAAAAAAUUCAACAAGCUAGAAGAAUUUUAAAUGAAAAUAAACAUUCACUUGAUGCAUGGUCAAUACUUAUUCAAGAUGCUCAAGAUAAGAAAAUCACUGAAUCACGUGAAUUUUAUGAAACAUUGAUUACACAAUUUCCAACAUGUGGAAAAUUUUGGAAAAUUUAUAUUGAAUCUGAAAUGAAAGACCGAAAUUAUGAAAAAGUUGAAAAAUUAUUUCAAAGAUGUUUAAUUAAAGUAUUAAAUAUUGAUUUAUGGAAAUGUUAUUUAAAUUAUGUUCGUGAUACUAAAGGAAAAUUAUCAUCAUUCAGGGAAAAAAUGGCACAAGCAUAUGAUUUUGCAUUGGAAAAAAUUGGCAUGGAUGUUUAUUCAUAUAGUAUUUGGAAUGAUUAUAUUACAUUUCUUAAAUCUGUUGAAGCUGUUGGUUCUGAUGCUGAAAAUAAAAGAAUGACAACAGUACGAAAAAUUUAUCAAAAAGGUAUUAUGACACCAAUGACAAAUGUUGAAUUAUUAUGGAAAGAAUAUUGUACAUAUGAAAUGGGUAUUAAUCCAAUGUUAGCUAAAAAAAUAAUUGAUGAACGUUCAAGAGAAUUUUUAAAUGUUAAACGUGUUACAAAAGAAUUUGAAACAUUAGUACGUACAAUUGAUCGUAAUAUACCAUGUAUACCAUCAACAAUACCACAAACACCUGAUGAAAUAAAACAAAUAAAUGCAUGGAAAAAAUUUAUUAUAUGGGAACGAUCAAAUCCAUUAAAAACUGAUGAUACAUUACUUGUUAUACGUCGAGUUGUUUUAGCUUAUGAACAAUGUUUACUUUGUCUUGGUUAUCAUGCUGAUCUUUGGUAUGAAGUAUGUGCAUAUUUAGAACAAAUAUCACAUGAAUAUUCUGAAAAAGGUGAUGUACAAUUAGCAAAACGUUUUCUUGAUGAUACAGCUAUAUUAUAUGAACGUUCAAUACAAACAUAUAUGCGUUCAAAUAUGCUUAUACAUUUUGCUUAUGCUGAUUUUGAAGAACAACGUUUAAAUAUUGAUAAAGCACGUUCAAUAUAUAAUCGUUUAUUAGAUAUAAAUGAAGCUAAUUUAAAAGAUCCAACAUUAGCAUAUAUACAAGCAAUGCGUUUUGAACGACGUACAGAUGGUAUUAAAUCAGCACGUACAAUAUUUAAACGUGCACGUGAAGAUAUACGUACAAAUUAUCAUAUAUAUGUUGCUGCUGCAUUAAUGGAAUAUUAUUGUACAAAAGAUAAUAAUAUUGCAUUUAAUAUAUUUAAUCUUGGUUUAAAAAAAUAUAAUCAAAAUCUUGAUUAUAUAUUAAGUUAUAUUGAUUAUAUGACACAUUUAAAUGAAGAUCAUAAUGCACGUGUUUUAUUUGAACGUAUAUUAUCACCAAAUAAUACAAUAUUAAAACAAUUACAACCAAGAAUAUGGAAUGAAUUUCUUAAAUUUGAAUCACAAGUUGGAGAUUUACAAUCAAUAAAAAAAGUUGAAAAACGUCGUUUAAAAAUAUAUUUAGAAUUAAAUGAAUUAGAUGAUAGAGAAACAUUAUUACUUAUUGAUCGUUAUAAAUUUCUUAAUUUAUUACCAUGUUCAAUAGAUGAACUUAAAUUACUUGGUUAUAAAGAUAUAUCAUUAACAAAUAUAUCUGUAUUAAAUAAUAAUAUUAAUACUAAUGGUACAACAUCAUCAUCAUCAUCAUUAGAACAAACUAUACGUGAUCGACGAGCUAUUUUACCUCGACCAGAUAUUAAACAUAUGAUGCCAUUUCGACCAACACGAAAUCCAUUACCUGGUAGUCAUCCAACACCCGGUGGAGUUUUUCCAUUACCUGAUACAGCACUUUAUCUUGUUAAAGUUCUUCCACCAUCACGAAAUUUUGAAGGUCCAUUUGUUAUUAUUGAUGAAUUAAUGGAACGUAUUGCACGUAUUACUAUACCUGAUACUUUUGAACCUAUACGCAUUAGUAUUCAAGGUGAAAUUGUUCGUGAUCUUGAUCCAACAAAUACAAAUAAUGGUCAACAAAGUCGUAAAACUGGUCAUGGUGAUAGUGAUGAUGAAGAACAACAAGCACCAUUAAAUGUAAGUGAACGUUCAACUAUGGAUAUAUAUCGACAACGACAACAAAAACGUGUUAAACUUACAAAAACGAAUUCUACUGAUCAACUACAAUCUUUACAACGUACUACAAUAUUGAACGAGAAAACAAUCAGAAAACCAGGACAUAAUAUUGACUGUACGGAUCCACGUUGUGAAGGUUGUAAAUAA